AUGGACUACCGCACCGGCGCUACCUUUGUGCCUGGCGGGGAUGACUCCUACUACCUGCCAGAGCUGAUUCAACCCACUCCAAACCGGGUGCAUGAGCUUCCGAACAAUAUGCAAUAUAAUGUUGCCCAAAUGGAACAGGCUGCCUCAGAUCCCUAUUCGGCCUCGUCGGCCUACUCUGCCUCUGUGUAUUCUCCCCAAUCAGCUGUACACCAGUCCGGGGUGAACAGCUGGACGGCUCCGCAACCACAUCAUGCUCAACACCAGGGAUACGGGCAAAAUGUGCCUACAAACAAUCAUAACCAAGGAGCUCCUCCGCAAGCCAAUAAUUUCCCUCCGAGAUCCACCUCAAUGGCGCAAGUGCCCGAACAACCGAACUUCUCCCCAUUCCCUGUCCUACACAACCCCCCACCAAAUGUCCCCCCAACCGACGAGCAGAAAGAGGCCACCUUAGAAGCCGCAAGAGCCGCCGUGCUGAGCUGCAAUGAUCCUGACACUCAGCUGACGUGGGCACAGGAUGCGUUGGCGUAUGUGGAGGUUGCUCAGCAGAACGAGGCAAGGAUAGCCCUAGCACAAACACCGAGGUCGAGGACACCUCGGAUUGAACAUGUUUUGAAGGAAGAUGCACUCAAAAUCGUCAGUUUCCUGGCUGAUCAGCAUCACCCUAGAGCGGAGUUCAUGAGGGGCAUGUGGCUCGAGUUUGGCAAAUUCGGGCACAGAGUCGACAAGAAGGAAGCCUUCUACUGCUACACUAGAGCUUCGGAGAAAGGAUACAUACGAGCCGACUAUCGCAUCGGCAUGCAGUUCGAAUCCUCAAAUGACGCGUUGAAGGCCAUCAAGUACUACCAGAAAGGCGCGGAGGCAGGAGAUUCAGCUGCCUGCUAUAGGCUGGGUAUGAUGACACUUCUCGGUCAACAUGGUCAGGUGCAAGACUAUGAGCGUGGUCUGAACCUCAUCUAUAUGGCCGCUCAGACUGCAGAUGAAAAUGCCCCACAAGGGGCCUAUAUCUUCGGCAUGCUCCAGGCUCAACAGAUGCCCCAAAUUCAAGUUCCCGACCAGUAUCUGCCCAGGGACAUUCCGGGAGCGAAAAUCAACAUCGAAAAGGCUGCUUACCUCGGAUUUGCGAAGGCACAAAUAAAGAUGGGCUCGGCAUACGAACUUGCCGAGCUCGGCUGUCCCUUUGACCCGGCCUUAUCCCUGCAUUACAACGUUCUUGCCGCGAGGCAGGGUGAACCAGAAGCGGAACUGGCAAUCAGCAAAUGGAUGCUCUGCGGUCAUGAGGGCCUCUUUGAGAAAAACGAGGAGCUGGCCUUCACAUAUGCUCAACGAGCGGCACUUGCAGGCUUUCCUACCGCACAGUUCGCCAUGGGCUAUUACUACGAGGUUGGCAUCUACGUUCCUGUCAAUUUUGAGCAAGCCAAAGAGUGGUAUCGAAAAGCGUCACAAAACGGGAACACUGACGCAACUGGGAGAAUUGAUGCUAUCUCAAGGUCGAAGACCUUAUCGAGAAAAGAUCAUGAAAGCAUCGCUCUAAAGAAGAUUCGACAGCAGCGGGGCUCAAUCAUAGGCGGAAGUGAGGUGCCGCCAGUUCCCACAAUGCCCACCCUCUCGGAAGAGAACGAGUCUCUUGAAAUGCCUGAUCCAUCGCGGAUGUCUCUGAACAAUCAGAGGCCGCCGCCAGCUAGACCGGGAAGUGCGGCACCAUAUCCCACUGGCCCAGCCAAUAUGCCAGCCCUGAACCAAGGUCCGGAUUUCCGGCCGACCUCAGCCUUCGGUAUAAAUCCCAAUCUCCGACCUCAGUCCGCCGCGAACACGGGAGGUCCAAGACCUGAUCACUAUGGUUCUCUGCCCAACACAGUUCAUCAACAGCGUCCAUAUUCUAAUCCUCCUCCUGGCCAAGCUUAUGGUGCGCCGGGUUAUGGUCGUGGAGGGCGCGUGCCAUCGGGACCUCCACCUCAAGGGCAAGGAGUUCCGAGCAACCGACCACCGGCAAGGCCAGGUACAGCUUCGCCAUAUCUCGGGUCCGGGCCCCGUCCCGGAGCACCAGGCACUUCACCUCCGGCGAAGCUCGAUAUUGGCUAUUCUGCUCCACUUGAACCAGAAAGAAGACGACCGGUACAGCAACCAAACGGACCAUCUCCAUCCAAUCCUAACAAUCCUCCUCGAGGAUCUCCCAGACCACAACAAGGCCCUCCUUCACAAAACCGGCCGGGUCCGCAAGAUUCACGUCCCGGAGCGGGCCCGAACUCAGGCGGAUACGGAGGCAUGCCUAACGCAAACCCUCGACCUCCAAUUAAAGUGCAAGUCCCGCCCAACGUGAAGCCAGUCAACAUGACCCCUUCAAGGCCUGAUUCCAGUGCGCCGAUCGGUGGAGCUCCGCCAUCAAAGCCAGCUCCGGUACCUGCGAACGCGGCACCAGUGCGACCACCGGGCAAAGGCCCAAAGACGUUUGAUGAGAUGGGCGUCCCUGCUGGGAAGGACAAGAGUGAAUGCGCUGUUAUGUGA